UAACGUUUUUAGAAAAAACUUUAGUUUUUGGAAGCAGUCUCCGCGCUCCUCUUUUUGUCAGGCGUACAGUGUGCAGGAGACACCAGCAACUCAGAGCACAGACUUCAAGGGUCAGAAGAUGUCUGCUCAAAUCAUAAGUGGGAAAGAGGUUUCAGCGCAGGUGAGGGAGCGUCUGAAGAAGGAUGUGGAGCAGAUGAAGCUUCAAGACCCCAACUUCAGACCUGGUCUGGUGGUCUUACAGGUUGGAGACCGUGAUGAUUCAAAUUUGUACAUCAGCAUGAAGUUGAAGGCAGCAGCAGAGAUUGGAAUUCAUGCCACACAUAUGAGACUUCCCAAGACGGCAACAGAAGAGGAGAUUCUUCACAGUAUCACAGAGGUGAAUGAGAACUCGUCUGUCCACGGCCUCAUCGUGCAGCUGCCCUUAGGCUCAGUUCACAAGAUCGACACAGAGAAGGUCACCAACGCCGUGGCCCCAGAGAAGGAUGUUGACGGGCUAACCAGCAUAAAUGCAGGGAAGCUGUCUCGCGGGGACCUGGGCGACUGCUUCAUCCCCUGCACACCAAAUGGCUGCAUGGAGCUGAUCAGACAGACUGGUGUGUCUGUGGCAGGGAAGAGAGCGGUAGUGAUCGGUCGCAGUAAGAUUGUGGGUGCGCCAAUGCAUGACCUGCUGCUGUGGAGCCACGCCACCGUCACCACCUGCCACUCUAAAACUGCUGAUCUCGCUGGAGAGGUGGGAAAGGCAGACAUCUUAGUUGUCGGCAUCGGUAAAGCAGAGAUGGUGAAAGGAGAGUGGAUCAAGAAGGGAGCGGUGGUCAUCGACUGUGGCAUCAACCACAUCCCAGAUGAGACUAAAGCCAGUGGGAAGCGGGUGGUGGGUGACGUCCACUACGCCUCAGCUCGGGAGCAGGCUGGCUUCAUCACCCCUGUGCCUGGCGGUGUAGGACCCAUGACUGUCGCCAUGCUGAUGGCGAACACAGUGCUGAGUGCAAAGCGCUUCCUGGAGGGACAUCAACCAGGGAAGUGGAGCAUUUCUUACACCAAACUCAACCUGCAGAAGCCCGUGCCAAGUGACAUUGUCAUCUCUCGCUCUUGUGUGCCCAAGCACAUUGACCGUAUAGCAAGAGAGGUGGGCCUGCUUUCUGAUGAGGUGGAACUCUAUGGCAAGACCAAGGCCAAGGUCCAACUGAAUAUCAUCAAACGCCUGCAGAGCCAACCAGAUGGCAAAUAUGUGGUGGUCACUGGCAUCACACCCACCCCUCUGGGUGAGGGAAAGAGCACGACCACCAUCGGCCUGGUGCAGGCCCUGGGAGCCCACAUGAACGUCAAUGUGUUUGCAUGUGUCCGACAACCUUCUCAGGGACCCACCUUUGGCAUUAAAGGUGGUGCUGCAGGAGGUGGAUAUUCUCAAGUCAUUCCAAUGGAAGAGUUCAACCUGCAUCUCACUGGUGACAUUCACGCCAUCACAGCUUCCAACAACUUGGUGGCUGCUGCCAUCGAUGCCCGCAUGUUCCACGAGUCCACACAAUCUGACAAGGCUCUGUACAACCGCUUGGUGCCGCUCAGUGGAGGACAAAGGAAGUUUUCACCCAUCCAGAUCAACAGACUGAAAAGACUGGGCAUAGAGAAGACGGAUCCCUCCGCUCUGACUGAAGAAGAGAUCACCCGCUUUGCCCGCCUGGACAUUGACCCAGGCUCUGUCACCUGGCAGAGAGUGUUGGAUACCAAUGAUCGAUUCCUGAGGAAGAUCACCAUCGGCCAGUCUCCAACUGAAAAGGGAUACACAAGAGAGGCCCAGUUCGACAUCACGGUGGCCAGUGAAAUCAUGGCGGUUCUGGCCCUCACCAGCAGCCUGGAGGAUAUGCGUCAGCGUCUCGCCAAGAUGGUCGUGGCCACCAGCCGCAACGGACAGCCCAUCACCACAGAGGACAUGGGUGUGAGUGGCGCUCUAACUGUGCUGAUGAAAGAUGCGAUAAAGCCAAACCUGAUGCAGACUUUGGAGGGAACCCCUGUGUUUGUCCAUGCGGGCCCCUUUGCCAACAUCGCCCAUGGCAACUCCUCCAUCCUGGCCGAUAAAAUAGCUUUGAAGCUGGUUGGACCUGAGGGCUUUGUGGUGACCGAGGCUGGUUUUGGUGCUGACAUUGGCAUGGAGAAAUUCUUCAACAUCAAGUGCCGCUACUCAGGCCUAAGGCCACAUGUGGUUGUUUUAGUGGCUACUAUCCGAGCCCUGAAGAUGCACGGAGGAGGACCAACGGUUACUGCUGGGAUGCCACUGCCAAAGGAAUAUGUGGAGGAGAACCUUGAGCUUCUGGAGAAGGGCUGCAGCAACAUGAGGAAACAGAUAGAGAAUGCGCAGCACUUUGGUGUGCCUGUGGUGGUGGCUGUCAAUGCUUUCAAGACGGACACUGAGGCUGAGCUGGACUUGGUCUGCAGCAUGGCCAAAGCCGCCGGAGCCUUCGAGGCUGUGCGAUGCUCCCACUGGGCUGAGGGCGGAGCUGGCGCGGUGGCCCUCGGUCAGGCCGUCCAGAGGGCCUCCGGGGCCCCCAGCAACUUUAAGUUCCUCUAUGAUUUAGAGCUCCCUAUUGCUGAUAAGAUUCGAAUAAUUGCCCAGAAGAUCUACGGAGCAGAUGAUAUUGAGCUUCUCCCAGAUGCUCAACACAAGGUGGAGCUCUACACCAAACAGGGUUUUGGCAAUUUGCCAAUCUGCAUGGCAAAGACUCACCUGUCGCUUUCACAUGAGGCAGACAAGAAGGGUGUGCCCAAAGGGUACAUCCUGCCAAUCCGAGACAUCCGAGCCAGUGUGGGUGCUGGCUUUCUGUUCCCACUGGUUGGCACGAUGCCCACGAUCCCCGGUCUGCCCACCAGGCCUUGUUUCUAUGAUAUUGACCUGGACCCUGAGACUGAACAGGUCAAUGGGCUCUUCUAAAACAGGACUAUAUGAUGUGUAUAGUUGUGGCCCAGCGCCCCUCCCCUACUGAGCCUUAAUGAAAUGUGAUGGACUAAUGACUGGAAGUGCCUCAAGCUCGUCUGCUGGUGCUUUUUCUUUGUUGUUUUUCACUCAGACACUGACAUCUGUAAAUAAUUGAUUUGCUUUGCCCAGAGGGCGGCUGAUGGGCAAAUCAAGCAGCUUAAUUAAUCACAGGACCAUUCAUUCCCCAGAGAUUGAAAAUCUGUGAUAGACUUUUUGCAAGGGGAAAGUAUCCUGUUGACAGAUCUUUAAGUUACUUUGCUCACUGUGCAUAAACAAACCCGACUUGUAUUUUCCCUUUCCAAAACUCCAAAUGACUAGUAUUUACUACUCGUAUGUUUUGUAUGCACUGCACAAGGCGAUCGCCUCCAAGCCGCUGUCUUCAACAAGUCUUAACAUAAAAAUAAUGGGGCCUUACAAAAGGUUUAAUGAUUAUUCCAACACACCAGCAACAGCCAGGGCAUUAUGUUUUUGGGUUGUCUGUAUCUACAUACCAUUCCCAUGAAUGCAAUAUCUCAAGAACCACUCAAGGGCAUCCCUUCAAACUUGGCACAAAUAUUCAAUUGGACUCAAAGAUCAAGUGUUUAUAUUUUGGAGGUCAAAGGUUAAAGUUCAAAGUAACGGUGACCUCACAUUCUAUAUACGCAAUAUCUCAGGAACGCCCAGAGGGAAUUUCAUUGCCAUAUCUGGCACAAACAUGUCACUUGGACUCUACGAUGAAUUGAUUAGAAUUUGGUCGUCAAAGGUCAAGGUCACUGUGAUCUCACGAAACAUGUUUUUGGCCAUAACGCAAGAAUUCCUGUGCUAAUUAUUACACACUGUAACGCAAAUGUCCAAUAGGAUAAAAUUAUGAAAUUUUAUAUCGAAAUUGUCAAAGGUCAACUUAACUGUGACAUCACAACGCCACAUUAUUCAACACUGUAACUCAGGAAGAGGAGAUUGUGAUCAUAUUUCCUGCAACUUGUCUGGUUGGCAGAGGCGUACAAUCGUGAGGCGGUACUUGAGCAAUACUGUGACUAAAACCUGUCAAAUGUCCUGUAUUCUAACUGACUUUUCUAACUCUGUCUAACAUUGCUGGAUCUGCACUGCUGUGAAAAUGAACUGUCAUGAUGUUGAAAGUCAGUGAUUUCGACUUUUCUGUCAGAAAAAGAUCAAAUAAAGUCUUCUUUACAAUU